AAAUCAAAGAAUGCUUCAUUUCUCAACUGAUAUUACAGCGUGCGUUACUUUUCUAACCUUUUUCGCCAUUCACGCAUGUAUAGCGCUCCAGAGAUGUGGAAACCUUCAGUGCGGCGAGGGACAGCAGUGCUGUGCGCAAGGCAUCACGAGAGGCAGGAAGAGCCGACGCUGUUCAGCAGAAGCGCAACGGCGUCCCAGGACUCGCUGCUGGAUCGCAUGCCAGAGUACCGGCCUGGGGACUUAACCUCACCGGUGCUGCAGCUGCCGGCGUACGACGAGGUGAAGUACUUGCCAACGUACGAGGAAACCAUGAAAGAAGCGAACCGAGACCGAUCCAGUGACAAUUUACUAGUUUCAUCGGAAGAACAGGUACCCACAGCGCGGCCAGGGCGGAGAGGACAGGAGCCGAAAACGUUUAACAUUGCUAGGACGCCCUGGAAUACCGUCUGACGAAAUGUCACUUUAUAAGAAUAUAGGUUGUUUAUUUUACGAUAAGUAUAUUUUUUAAACUUUUAUGUGCUGUAUGAAGUUGAAUGUUAAAAUAAUGAGAAAUACUUU